UUGUGUCCCUAACGGGGAAUCCCGGUGACCUGUAGAAUAAUACAGGCUGCUCCAGGACCGACGCCUGCAGAAGCUGAGAGUCACUUGGCGGGAGUGGAGCCGGUACCUGCGCGGGAGGACGCCGUCGGUCAAUCUGGUGCUGCAGAAAGGGGGGUGAUCCUAGACCAAGCACAGGAAGAGCCAGAAUGCCACAAGCAAGGAUGCGCAUGAGGCCUUGGCUGGAAUUGCAGAUUAAUUCAAAUAAAAUUCCUGGACUUUCUUGGAUCAAUAAGGAAGAAAAGGUGUUCCAGAUCCCUUGGAAACAUGCAGCUAAGCAUGGGUGGGAACUGGAAAAAGACGCCUAUCUUUUCAAAAACUGGGCCAUUCAUACAGGGAGGUACAAAGAAGGUGAUGUACAGCCUGACCCAAAAACAUGGAAGGCAAAUUUCCGUUGCGCCAUGAAUUCCUUGCCUGACAUUCAAGAGGUGAAGGAUCAAAGCAUUAGCAAAGGUUCCAGUGCUAUCCGAGUCUAUAGGAUGCUGAAGCCCUCAGUAAAAUCACAGAGAAAAGAAAAGAAGUCAAAGUCUCUAAAAAACAAAAGCCCAAGGAAGCCAGUGGAAGAUAUUAAGGCAGAAGAGAUAGUUGAAGCCACAAACAGCAUCCAGUUACCUGAUGACCAUAGUGGCUAUGUGCUCCCCAGCCAAACAGAAGAGGAAAUGGAAGUGGGCAGCACUUUAGGUCUUUCCACAUGUGAUUUAAACAGUUCUGACUGGAGGAAUUGUCCACUGGAUAUUCAGGUGCCUGACAGCACAAACAACAUAUACAAACUUCAAGUUUCACCCAUCCCUUCCUCUUCUGAUGAUGAGGAUAGCUUUAAUUCUCCACUUAGCCAUCAGAUUCUUUACAGCUCUGAUUGGCAUCAAAACUGCAUUGGCGGAAAAGGGUUCCUACUAAAUGAAUCUGGAAUGCAGCAUAACUACAUUGACUUUACCUUGCAUGAACAUGAUACUGCCUUUGAUCUAACAAACAUAGAAGCAAUUUCAUCUGACUCAAAGCCCGGCCUUGAAUUCUCUUUGUUGGAAUCCCUACGACUGUCCAAUUUGCCCCCUAUAUCUUGUGGCAUGUAAGCCUUUUUAUCACUAGGCUUGUACUGUUUUAUUUUGGAUGUCAACAACUGGCAUAUUGAUCAGUUGUUGACACUCUUCAAAUUUAGAAUUGAAAAGUCCAAGCCAUGCAUGCAUGUGUGUUUGGGAAUAUCUUUGUGAUAAAACUGCACUUCAUGUGCCUAACUACAUUAUGAGCCCAUUAAGGCCUGUAUGCUGCUUUUUUCCCUUGUCCAUCCAUUAGUAGGAUUAGUGCAUAAAUAAUUUUAAACAUGAAGAAAAUAAAAACAGAAGCUUCGCACUGUUGGUAAAUUGACAUAUCUUUUAAGGCCAUCCAGAGUAUAGGUUUAACAUUACCCUCUGGAAGAUUGGCGAAGCACUUUGUGAAUUCAAGUACAACUAUUUGUGUGUGCAGGUGAGCAUUCAACCAGAUAUUUCUUGGUUAUCUUUUUUCUCUCCAAAUUUAUUUUGGCCUUCAGUCUGGAGCCCUAUAGUGUAAACUGUUUAGCGUGAGAAACUGUGAAAAUCAGAUACAUUUUUGUUCCAUAUAUCUUCCAAAUUGUGUUUAUAAAACAUUCCACUGGUUACUUUGGACAUAUUUUAGAUUAUUGCCACAUUACAUUUUUUCCAGUGAAAAUAUGCUUUAAAGCUGGUUGAUGAAUGUAUGGGUUAUUUGCAUUGUGCUUUUCAAGAUGUCAACUGAAUAGAUAUUGUGGAGAGUGUAAAAAAUGCAUAACAGGGUUAUACCAACUAAACCACAAGAUAAAGAAAAGGAUUUGGCAAACUGUCAGACUACUAGAUGGCAGCUUAAAUUCUUGUACAUUAUUUUCCUUGUACAUAUGUUUUUGUAUAUAAAAUGUACAAUUAUUUUAAUAAAAGAUGAUGUUAUAUAUGUA